AUGCUGCUCCAACUAUUAUCUCUUUCGGUUGUUUUCAUUAGUGGAAUUUCAGCGGAGUACAAAAACUAUGACGGGAUUUAUGCCAGACUUUCUUGGAGAAAACUGGAAGCAGAAGCAGGCUCAUACUUUAUCGACAAGGAUUCUGUGGAAAAUGUUAAAACGAAUUUGGCUUCUAACAAUAUCACUUAUCAAAUGAGAGAUGUGAAUCCACAAAUUUUCAAAGUGAGAAGAAGACGUGAUAUCAAUGGUGCUAUCACUAUUAACGAUGUUAAUAAUAGGUAUUUGAGUUAUGAUGAGCAAAUGCAAUUUUUGAACUCGAUUGCUCAGCAGUAUCCAAACGAUGUCAAGCUUCAGAAGAUUGGAAAUUCGUAUGAAGGAAGAUCUCUAACUGCUGUUCGGAUAGGAGAUGAUGGAUCCAGCAAACCCAUUGUCUGGAUUGAUGCCGGUGUUCAUGCUCGUGAAUGGAUUUCUUAUAAUGUAGCUCUCUAUUUAGUUUAUACUAUUGUCAGUCAACCUGCAUAUCAAGAUCUUCUGAAUGCCGUGCAACUCGUCGUCGUUCCAAAUACAAAUCCAGAUGGUUACGAAUACAGUAGGACUAACGAUCGAAUGUGGAGAAAGACGCGUUCUCGAUUCUCGAAUGGUCGAUGCUCUGGAGCGGAUGCCAACAGAAACUAUCCAUUUUUCUGGGGUACACAAGGAGUCAGUCAUUCACAAUGCUCGGAAAUCUACUGUGGAUCUCGACCACAAUCAGAGCCAGAAGUCAUGGCACUGACGAAUGCGAUUCAGAGAGAAGAGACGAGAAUUAAGGGAUAUAUUGCAUUGCAUUCUUAUGGACAAGAGAUUCUGUAUCCAUGGGGACAUACGAUGAGAACGUAUCCCAGUGAUGUUCAGGAUUUGAUUCAGGUCGGAAAAGCGAUGGCUGCUGCUAUCAGAGCUGUUAACAAUACGGAUUAUAAUGUGGUCAACAGUGGAGAUGGAUUGUACCCAGCUGCAGGUGCAUCCGAUGAUUGGGCAAAGUCCCGUGGCAUCAAGUACUCCUACACCAUCGAACUCUCUCCUAUUGAUGACUACACGGGAUUCUCCCUGCCAGAAGAUCGAAUCAAUCAAGUGUGUCGAGAAGCAUUCCAAGCCAUUCAAGUUCUCAUGAUCGAGGUCAGAUCAAAGUUCAGUAUUCGACAAACCACAUCGUCUGCUUCUUCUACGUCUGCUCAGUCUUCGUUGCUUCUGAAGAGGAUGAGGACGGCGGUUCGUGGAUCUGGGCGUGGGUAG